UGGGGUCGGGGUGGGGGAAUAAGGAGGGAUGGAGCCUGCAGAGCCUCCUGGAACCCCGGCGUCCUGGUCCUUGCAGGAUCUCCCCACCCCCACUCCGCAUUAUCUCCAGGCCUCUCACUCCCCCAGCCCCUCCCCCACGGAGGGGACGCGACCCAUUACUCCCUCCCGCCCCGGACCCUCCAGAUAUCGGGACAAAGAAGCCCCGCGGCAGCCGGCGAGCGUGGCUGCCGGGCACUGGUGCAGCAGCGGAGACGCGGAAAACCACUCGCAGCCGGAGAGACACCCGGACACAAAGACCUCGUGCCAGCCGCAGACCCAAGUUUCUCCCGGAGAGACUGGGGGUCCGCCCGCGUUCACCGCGAGAACACACAAACGGACGGACAGACCGACGCACGGACCCGGGGACCUCGACACUCGCUAGGAGGCAAGCUCUAUUCCUCAGCCGGGCGCCCCUCGUCUCCCGCUCUCUCCAUGGACCCCUAUCCUGGCAAAUCGCCCGCAGAGCGAGCUUGGAGAUGCGAGGGAAACUGAAGCCCCGAGGGUGCCCCGUCCUGGGAGCCUGGCUGUCUGCGGGGUCCCCCGCAUUCCGCAGUAGUAAUACAGGAGGGCCGGGGGCUUCUACCCCCACCCCCGCUCCCCUUCGGGUCUCUCCUGGCUGUGCAAGCGAUGGGCCAGAGGGCUGGACGAGGCUGGCUCCCAAUCCAGAAUCCCGAGCUGGGGAGUUCUCUCUAGGUUCUGGGGCUCCUGGGACCGGGGCUUUGGGGAAGGGAGACCGCAGGACGGAUGUCCAGGAAGGGAGGGGGCCCUGGGUCUCCCGUUACCUGCGCCUGCCGCGCUGGGACUCCGCUCUGGGGGCUGCAGCUCGAAGCUCCGACAAGUCUCCACGUCCAGCCCGAGAGGGGGCGGCCGGGCCCGGCACAGCGAGGCGAGGACCGCGAGCGCCUCCUGGCACCGAGGCCCGCCGGCCCCCCACACUCCGCUCAUGCCCUAGACACCCAGGCUUGCCGAGCAGCAGCUCGAACCCGCGCCCCGGCCGCACUGGGGCGGGGCACGACGGCCCCAAGAAGACCCUCCCUGCAGCGGCCCCCUGCGGCUCCGCUCUGCUUUUAAUCACUUCCCCGCAGGGUCCCCGCCCCUCACGUGGCAUCCCGCGGCAGCUGGCAAGUCUGGCGCCUCGCGGCCGCCCCCUCUACACUCAGGGACUGGCCUGAGUCCGGGGGGUGGGGGUUUCGAGGCGGGAAGCCGGGCUGUCCCGAAUCUCGGAGGGUGCAAGGCCAGGAAAGAGUCCGGGUUCCCACUCCGCAUUCACUGCCUGGUGUGACCUUGGGCGUCUCUGAGCCUCAAUUUUCGUCUCCGUAAAGGAGGUGUAAUGAUUUUAAGUACUUCACGGACUCCCUGGGGAUACAAAGAUCGUGUUUGUGAAAACACUGGGUAAACUGCCACAUGCCACACGAAUGACAGAGAAAUAGAUAACCCCGUAACAGAAAGAGCGACGGUCAGGCAGGGUCUGGGAGGACCUUGGCCGAGGUUCCUGACGGGAGCAGUUAGACUGGCCCCCGAGUCCCAGCUUCGGAGGUAGAAGACCCCAAGACAGGCGGGCGAUGCGAACUGCAAGACUUUCCGAGCUCCGCAAUCCUGCGGUCCGCGGUACCCGCAUGUUGCUAUGGCGACGGGAGGCAGCGGCCGUCUCUCUCCAUGGCAACGGGAGGGAAAAGUUUCUGGCGAACAGGAAUGGGGGGUCAUUUCAAGAGGGCGCAGGGCGCUCAGUUCCGCCGACCCACCUCCUUGCUUCGGUGAAACAGCACCAGAGAUCAUGUAUCUUUCUGCUAAGCAUAACAAGAAAGACAGAAAGCUCAACGGGAGGAUUGAGGCUAGACUUAAAGUAGAGAUCCCCUCAGAAACUGUGGAGUGAGGCCCAGGAACAGAUUGGCUGAGAGGCUUCGAGCUGCCUCACUCAGCGCUGGAAGUCUGUGAGCCAUGGUCAGGGAGGCCGGGGGACCAGCGCCCUGCAGGGGCCUAUCUCGGGAGUCUCUUGAUCUACACCUGUCGGCGGUGGGGCCCCUUCUGAGUGGGGCUCGCCUGAAGCCCCAGACUCAGGUCCAUUUGCUCUCCCGGAGCUGGGAAGGAAGCUUUAGCUGCAGCCCCUGGAAGCUGCUGGGUUGGUGUAUGCCCGAGUGGCUGGCGAGGGAGAAAGGUCUUGCCUCUUAAUUAACACGCUUAUUGGAAGUGACUCGGACAAUGACUCACGUUCCGGAGGGAGGAGAUUCGGAGCCUUAGCUCCUGGCGGUCUCCACUGCGCGCCAUCUGUGCCAACCGGCCCUUGGACUUGCGAUCCCCUAGCAGCUAGUGCCUGGGGCACCAAGGGCUAAAGCAAGGCCUGUGAGGACCCUGGCCCAGCCAGGCGGCUUUUCCACCGUGAGGCGCUCCCUGGCUCUGUCCACGGUGCUGAAGACCCAGUUGGUGCUACCAUCGCGUGAGCAUAAGUUUAGGGGACGAGGGAGAGGCAAUUGUUGAAGGUUCGCAGCUUCCACCCUGACCCCUGUGCCUGUGAUAGCAGAAGGCUAGGAACUCAGGCAGGGACCAAGCAGACACGACGCAGGCGAUACUGUGCAAUCCGGGCUACCUUCCUGCUGGAGGUGUUUGGUUGCUGUUCCAAGAACAAGUGGGGCUCUGGCAUCCCUAUUCGCCUUCCUGGUGCUUCUGAAAACCCACCUGAGGAGCCUAGAGGCCCCAUUAACUUCUUUUCCAUCACCCGAUGCACAUCUCAGCACCCAGAAGAGCCUCUGGCUACACGCUUAUUAGCAGUUUCCCAAGUGGCAGGUUUGUGUUUAUGUAAAAUACAAAUGGAGAACUGCUCUUU